CAUCGCUGCUGCAGUGUCUGUGUGUCUCAGCGUCUGACCUUCCACAGGGACCAUGCAGGCAUUUGUUCCCAGGUCGUAUCUCACUCCGGUCAGGGAUGAUGAAGCAGAGUCUCAGAGAAAAGCAAAGUCUCGUCAUGCCAGACAAACUCGGCGGUCAACACAGGGUGUGACACUUACAGACCUGAAAGAGGCCCAGAAGACCUACAGCCUGUCUCAUCAAGACAGAGAGAAGGAAGAAAGAGGCACUCUUGAAGACAGGUCUUGUCUCAGGAGAGACUCAGUAGAUGACAGGGGAGAUCAGACCGGCCUGACAGAAACAACAGUGAUCGGUCUGAAAUGGAGCAAAAUGGACGAGGAGGGAAAUAUGGAGCACAGGCUAGAAACCCUUGCUGAGUCUCCAAACCUGACAUAUUUGUCUGUGCAUGGAUCCUGCAGUGUGCCUUACAACAACAACAGCUCCUUCAGAGUUGCGGAGAGAUGGUGGAGGGAUGAAAAUCAGAAUCCCAUUGACGGUGAAGCAGAGCUGACAUUUUCUGCAAACCAACAACAAAGACGAGUCUUCUAUAAUGCUGAGGACACAGAGCAUGAAAGACUGUCAAGGUACGACUCCAGUGGGGAAAGCGCGACAGAGAAAGCACUGGGCCGCACCAGCUCUUAUACACGGAGAGAGACAAGGCUGGCUGCUCUGAACAGACAGGAGCAGGACUCCACAGCCAAAGACUAUAAGAAGAUGUAUGCAGAAGCUUUGCAAGAGAACGAAAGACUUAAGUUCAGGUUGCAAGACAGCAAACAAGAGUUAGUGAAGAUUCGCUCCCAGCUGGAGAAAGUCACACAGAGGCAAGACAGGAUAUCAGAAAGAUCCACAGUUCUUGAAUCAGAGAAAAGGGAAAAACAAGCUCUUGAGAAAAAAGUGUCCGACAUGGAGGAGGAAUUAAAGCAGGACGCCCCACUGCGGUUCCGCUGUGGGUACCAGCCCUGAGAACAGGCUGUCCCAGGGGAGGGGGGAUGGUCUUAACAGAGCUCAAGUCAGACAACCAGAGGCUAAAAGAUGAGAACGGGGCUCUCAUUCGAGUCAUCAGCAAGCUGUCCAAAUGAAAACAUGUCAGAAGCUGUUUUAUGUCUGUAGAUGCUCUAACCACGAUAUGGCAGUGGAAUUGUCCACAAGGUUCCAUGUUUUCCUUCCUCACUGAGUUAUUGAUGGAGCAGUCUGGCUGUGCUCGCAGAUACAGACCCUGAUCAUACCUGCUGGAACUUGUAAAGAUCCAAAGAGAAGGAUUAAUGUGCAUGGGUCAAUUUACUGCCUCUGUCUCUCUUUCGUUUUUGUAAAUUUUUAAAAUAUUUUUCACUUGCACAAACUGGGAACCAGGUAUUUUGUUUGGUUGAAGUUUUAAGGUCCGGUCCAAACAAUUUUAAAAGUUUGCAUGAAAAUACUUUACCUUAAUAGCAUAUCAACAUAUCACAUCACAACUUCACAUUUGUUCCUGCAUUAAACUCUGCACUUUUAAAUAUUUAUGUUAAUCAUCAAAAAGUGACAAGUUUUUCUUGAACAUAAACUAUAUUAGAGUGGUAGAUAACACUUUCAGCUUUUUUUCUAUAAGUUCUUGGCAGUACAAAAAGCUGUUUUUACAAAUAUGUUUUCACUCCAUGAUAAAGCUGAAAUGCAGCACGUUUUGAUUGACAGCAUUCUUCAUUUUCUCACUCAGCCGUGUCAGCUUGCCACAAUUCAGUGCCUCUAAAUGUGGAUUUUAUAGCUUCCAGUUGCACAAACUGUAAACUGCAGACUUGUAUUCAGAUGCCUGUGGGUGGUUCUCCACAAAGUACUACCACAGCUUAUGAUCUACAGUAUUAGGGCCCAGGGAUAACACAUAAUGACCCUCUGGCAGACCUUCCAUCAAACAGAUAAACAUUUCAAUUAAUCCAUUUUGAAAAUCGAGCUGGAGCUUAGAAAGCAAAGGUCUUGGCACUUUUGCACAGUAACAUGAGGACGUAGUUGUUUUUGUUGUUGUUAGUUUUUCUUUCACUUGUGCAUUGCAGCCCAGACAGUUCUGUUUUACUUUAUUUUAAUUUUCAUAUCUCAGCUUCAAAACAAUUAAUACUGAGGCUAACAUGAGGAGCCACUCUGAGCAUGUCUAGAUGAAAAGAAAAUCCUAUGCUAUGCUAAUGAGAGAGAUAUAUUUAAUUAUUUAUUUAUUAAUUAUUACAUUUCAUCUUUAUGCUUUCUUUGCUGAUUUUGUUUGUUUCAAAGGAAUACAUUAUUAUUAAUAGCAUUAUUUUCUUUAUUUAGUUGACCUAGUGGCAAAGAUCACACACUUACUCACAGAUCACUUGCGACACUUUAGUCACCACAGCCUUUGUAGGAUGUUAAAUAUGUGUCAUCCAAAGUUUGCAAACUGCUGCCAACACUUUUCCUGUCUGUGGUGAUUACACACAUUUUAAUUUAACUGCAUUUAAUAGAUUUUUAAAAAGUGGCUUUUGAUUUUUCUUUUUUUUUUUUCAUUUGCAGUAUAUCCACCAAAUGCAAUCUAACUUAACAGCCCACUCAAUAAAUAUCUUU